UCGCAACCCGCCACUCCCGUUCCUCGCCCACACAUGGAGCCCGGCUCCAGCGUCCUCGCCAUCCUCAGCAACCACGACCCGCGCGCCUGGACCGGCUCCGCCUGCGACGGCGGCGCCAACGCGACGUGCAACCUCCGGCUCUUUGAGGCGGCGAUAGCGCGAGGCGCGGCGGCGGGCGCCGGCGCCGUGCUCUUCCCCGAGGGCUACGCGCUCAGCCCCGAUUUCGGGACCGAGCCGUGGAUCUCGCCGGCGGGCGCCACGCCGUGCGCGGCGGCGCGCACAACCCAAGGAGACUCGCCGCUCCAGUCCGGGCUGGCGUGCGCGGCGAGGCGGCAGCGCGUGGCGGUCGUCGCCAACGUGCUCGUCCGGAUGGGCGGCGGCGAGAAGCAGAUUCGCGAGGUUGUGAUUGACGCGGCGGGCGCGGUCGUCUCCUCGUACGGCAAGCGGCACCUCUUCCCCUCGGAGCGGUGGCCGCUCGGCUUCUCUCCCUCGAGCGACGCGCCGACGGUGGCGCCGCUGCUCGGCGGCCGCGUCGGGCUGCUCAUCUGCUACGAGGGCGUCUACCCGGAGCUGAGUGGCGACUGGAGUCAGGUGGACGGCCUCCGGCGCGACGGCGCUCAGGCGCUCCUCUGGUCGAUCGGGUCGCACUUGCCGGUGGAUGCGGGCGCCGCGCGCCUUGCGCGGCGCACAGGGCUGCCCGUGCUCGCGUCGGCCGAUGGCGCGGCCGCGCACGCCGUCGCCGCGACCGGCGCGCCGCUGCCGCCAUCCCGCAGCGUUGCGCUGCGUGGGGCCGUCGCCGGGUACGGAAUCAUCUUCAACUUCGCCAAAGAGGUUGGCAGCCCGAGCGCCGUCGACCGCACCGACUAUGCCACAGCCUCCGGCAGCGCCCGGGGCUUCGCCCAGCACCACUCGCAGCAGCUCUCGCGCGCCGCCGUCUGUGGCGACGCGCAAAACAUCAACAACGCUGCUCGCAACAUGCGUGUCGCGCACUCGUUCAUGACCGGUCUCAAUGCCCCACCCCCCUGCGCGCGGCCGCGGGCCUUCUAG